CGGCGGGACAGCAACCCCUUCACCGAGAUUGCCAUGAGCUCCUGCAAGUACAGCGGAGGGGUGAUGAAGCCCCUCAGCCGGCUCAGCGCAUCCCGACGGAACCUCAUCGAGGCCGAGCCGGAGGCGCAGCCCCUGCAGCUCUUCGGUGCCGGUGAGCCCCCCGAAAUCGUUGUGUCCCGCGAGGACAACCACGCGCCCGCCACGCUCCGUCCCGCCCGCCCGCCGGCCCGGCCGGCUCCCAGCACCUUCGCCAAGGGCCCCAAGCGCAAGGCGCAGAACAUCGGCUACCGGCUCGGGCACCGCCGGGCGCUGUUCGAGAAGAGGAAGCGCCUCAGCGACUACGCGCUCAUCUUCGGCAUGUUUGGCAUUGUCGUCAUGGUCAUUGAGACCGAGCUCUCGUGGGGGCUCUACUCCAAGGACUCCAUGUUCUCCCUGGCCCUGAAAUGCCUUAUAAGCCUCUCCACUGUCAUCCUGCUGGGCCUCAUCAUUGCCUACCACACACGGGAGGUGCAGCUCUUUGUGAUCGACAAUGGAGCUGAUGACUGGCGGAUAGCAAUGACCUACGAGCGCAUCCUCUACAUCAGCCUGGAGAUGCUGGUUUGUGCCAUACACCCCAUUCCUGGCGAGUACAAAUUUUUCUGGACAGCUCGCCUGGCUUUCUCCUACACACCUUCUCGGGCAGAGGCUGAUGUGGACAUCAUCCUGUCUAUCCCCAUGUUCCUGCGCCUCUACCUGAUUGCUCGGGUGAUGCUGCUGCACAGCAAGCUCUUCACCGACGCCUCCUCACGCAGCAUUGGGGCACUCAACAAGAUCAACUUCAACACCCGCUUUGUCAUGAAGACACUCAUGACCAUCUGCCCUGGGACCGUGCUGCUGGUGUUCAGCAUUUCCCUCUGGAUCAUCGCUGCGUGGACAGUCCGAGUGUGCGAGAGGUACCAUGACCAGCAGGAUGUGACCAGCAACUUCCUGGGUGCCAUGUGGCUCAUCUCCAUCACCUUCCUCUCCAUCGGCUAUGGUGACAUGGUCCCACACACCUACUGUGGGAAGGGGGUCUGCCUGCUCACUGGCAUCAUGGGUGCUGGAUGUACAGCACUGGUGGUGGCUGUGGUGGCCAGGAAGCUGGAGCUCACCAAAGCUGAGAAGCACGUCCACAACUUCAUGAUGGACACACAACUCACAAAGCGGAUCAAGAACGCAGCAGCCAACGUCCUGCGGGAAACGUGGCUUAUCUACAAGCACACCAAGCUGUUGAAGAAGAUCGACCAUGCUAAAGUCAGAAAGCACCAGAGGAAGUUCCUACAAGCCAUCCACCAGUUACGGAGCGUGAAGAUGGAGCAGAGGAAGCUGAGUGACCAAGCCAACACCCUUGUCGACCUCUCGAAGAUGCAGAACGUGAUGUACGACCUCAUCACAGAGCUAAAUGACCGCAGUGAGGACCUGGAAAAGCAGAUCAGUGGCCUGGAAUCCAAGCUGGAGCAGCUCAGCGCCAGCUUCAACUCGCUGCCGCUGCUGAUGGCCGACAUGCUGCGCCAGCAGCAGCAGCGCCUGCUCUCCGCUGUCCUGGAGGCCCGGGGGGUCGCUGUGCCAGGGGGCACCCCCCAAACACCUCUGUCUGAGAGCCCCAUCGGGGUCAGCUCCACCUCCUUCCCCACCCCUUACACGAGCUCAAGCAGCUGCUAAAACGCAGCCCCUCAGCCCCAGCGUGGACGGGAGAAGCAUUUCCACACAGAUCGUGAGGUCUCUGUGAACGUUCUUCUGAUCCUUGAACCGCUGCAGGACCCUUCAGCUGGAGCCAGUGGGACCAGCAGUGCCGAGCCACGCUCGGAGCUUUGCCAACGCCUUGGUAUUGGGAAUCGCAUCCCCGUUCAGGUGCCUCUACACGUGGUGAAGGAAGGGGACAGAAGGUGAUGCCUUGGGCCAGCCUGUGCCACGGCGUCCGGUGAGAGACGGAAAACCCACGCUCAAUCUCAGGUCUUCACAUUUGAAAACAAAACAAAGCAAAACGAAAUGAAACAGAACAAAACACCGAGUCAGAAGCACUGAAGCAACGGAGACACCGGAGGGAGAGCUUUUCUCCCUGGGGCCCUCCCCUCGCCCCCUGCCCCUCUCACGAUUGCCAAACCUCGCCAGGCAGAUGCCAGUGGGGGGGGUUCGUUAUGCAGGCUCUGGCUGCCGCUGCCGAUGCUCCAUCCCAUCUCCUUGCCAGGAUCCACAGGACAGCCCCCUCACGCUGACAGCUGGGUCACAAUGCCUGGCUGUAACCUUCCUGGGGAGUUCUCUGGAGCUGUGAAUGUUUUCUUCCCAGAGAAGAACAGCGGACACUUCUUCUUUCUGGUCCUUAGUGUCAUAUCCUGCCUGGCCAGGAAAGCAGUGCCUACAGCGUGCAGGGCCACGCAGGGCUGCCCCCAGCCAUGGGGCUGGCAGGCCAGCCCGGGCACUGAGGGGGGCUCCAGGUGCUCACAUCACUGCCUGCUGGGAGCCUCCCAGCAUUUUGCAAAGCCAGUGGGCUCUUUGCAGCAGUCUCAGAAGUGCUGGAUGAACACCCCAUCAGCUGCAACCGUCUCCACUUGUGCUGGGAACAUCCGUGCUUGAGCCCAGUUGGCACCAGGAUCAAGCAGGAGCUCACUGGCAAGUGAUGUGGUAGCAGGGGCAGGUGCUUCAUCUGUUUAAAACAAAGCCCAUCGCCUUCAUGCCACUUCUGCUGGGUUUGGUGGAGGGCAGCAGCACUCUCUGGCACCGUCUUGGCAAUGGCACUGCUGCCCAUGCCUGCCAAAGUGCAGCACCUCAGACUCCAUUAUACUUUUCUGCUGAUGUUCAGCUUCCUGAGGUACCCUUGGCAUCACUUGGCUGCUUCUGGAACCAGACACUUUCUGUUUUGCUUUCACCAUUUUUCCCUUUUUCCUCCUCAGUUCUUCCCCAGUGUCGUGUUCUGGCCUUUCUGGAUCCUUGCAUGGAGCUGCGCCAGGCUCCGAUUUUGGGGUUGGUGUUCGCUGCUUUCCAUGAAAACUCAGCAGAGAGUACUUAUAUAUUUUUAAACAGAUGAAGUAACUAUGUAAUUACUCUGCAAUAUUAAUUACACCUCACCCAGCAGUGUCAGUAAUUGUGAUCAGUCACUGUGUUACUCCAGGUAUACUCAGCCUGUAACGCUCUCCUCUGUAACUUUUUCCCUUCCAUAAACGAUGCUGGAUUUUGUGCGCACGUAGGGGCAGAGACACACCUCCCUCCUGCACCACCACCCCUACACCCCCAAUGCUGAAGAAUUUCUUUGCUGCCAGUGGUGUGAGGUGGUUUUCUCUACUUGUGUCCUGCAGCUGGCAUUACAUAGAAAAAAAGCAGUAGUUAGUGAGUACUGCCCCUAUGCUGGCCCUAGGAGGAAAAGAAGAAGGAAGAAGGUUGUGAGGCAACAGCAGAAGUGCUGCAAAAUGAGAUCCCUGUGCUGCAGAUGUGUUGGUAGCAGGGGACCAAACACGGUCAUCCCUGUUGUCUUCAGUAGGCACUGCCCAUUGCUACUGGUCCUUGGCCAGUGGGAGACACACGGCUUCUGGGAACGAGCUGUUCUUCCAAGCACUUGUAAUUAGCAUCAUUGAUACCCCAUGGAUGGCUGGGAAUUCACUGCUGCCUUGGAAGCCCCCCAUGAUCUAUUCUCAGCCCAGCUGCUGCUCCCCAUAUGUCUGUGGGUGCCCCCCCUGUCCUUCUUGCCCAGCAGAAGCCUUUGCUCAUCUCUGUCAGGAGGUUCCCAGCAUAGCAAUGGAGAAUAUGUUAGAAAUUCUGAGAAAGAGUCUGAAAUGCAGCAUUUUCCCUGGCCUGCAGGCAGCUAGUGGAGAAAAAUGCUUCCUGGGCCUCAGAUAGGAGCAAACUGCCCAUGGAAUGGCGUGAAGACGUGUCCUGGGGCAUCAGAGAGCCAGAGGAAGUAUUGAUUCUUAAAGAUCAAUAUUGCCAGCAGGAAUCCAGGAACCUCCCUGCCAGGCUCAUGACCAAGUCUGGAAAAUCCAACCAAGUGAGACAAGAGCAGGUGCUGUCAGCUCAAGGCUGGAGGUGGUAAGGAUCACAGUGAGAGUGUUGGGAUUGCAACUGGAGCAAGAGACCCUUGUUCUGGGCCAGAGCAGCUGCUGCUGCAGUGGGAUUUCGACAGGGCUGGGGCAGUGGAUCCCUGCACACCCCACAACCUCCCUCCCCUGGCCUCACCUCAGCACAACCUGCACUGCAACAACCCUUCUGCCUGGGACCUGGCAGCCCAGGGUCUGCACCCUAUGCCUUGCACCUUGCACCCUGCAUCCCACACACACGCACACCCCCAUCCCACCCCCU